CGCGUGGCAUAGUCGUGCGAGAGAAAUUAUUACAAUACGUACGGACUGUCCAGCGUAGUAGAAGUAGUGAAUCCAGAAGACCGUUCGAAGAAUGCUAUUGUAUUAUUGCUUUUAGUGUGCACCGGUAGGACUUUUCGCUUCACAGGAACGGAAACAGACGGCGAGAUGGAAGAUCUGGAGGAGAUAUCGGACACGGCGACGGAAAACGACAAGGAACAGGGCAUCAUCAUCGACGACGACGACGACGACGAGCCAGAGGAGGGCGAGAUCAGUGACGAUGAAAUUACCAUAGAAAGAGUUGUGAAGCCAUCAGAAGUUGUCAUCUAUGAUGAUCUUGGCCGAACUGCAAUAUUUACAAGCCCCAAAAAGAAUGAGGACAACUGGGCACGUGGGGUAAUGGAGCAUUACACAAAUUACUGUGACGCUCAAGAAUCUGCCAGAAGGAAUUCUUGCACAAGGAAAAAGACAUCUUACAGGGAUAUAACACGCAAGCAUAGGAGGAGCAGCAAAACUUUUAGUAAGCAUCCGUCUAGGCAUAAGUUGAAGGCGUCAGCGGAAAAAGAGAAGCGCAGUAAACAGCGGUCACCGAGCAGUAGUUCUGACAGUGGAGAGUCAUCUGGUUCUACGUGCUCUUGCUCCUGCAGCACCGCCAGCUGUUGCAGUAGUGAUGUGCUUGUGCUAAGCCCACCAAAAAGUAGAGGAAAAGAGAACAAGCAAGUCAGCCAAGUAGAAAGACGGCAACUUCAGUCUGCUGGAGUUUCACAUUCUCAUUUUCAAAGUUACUUUGAAGAAAACUAUCACAAGCGUGAGGGUAAAGUGAAGAGAUCCUCUGAACUUGGUGCUUCAGUGUCUGAAAAGGACCAUUCCAGUUCAAGAAAACUGACCAGGCCACAUAGUCCACCUCAUAGAAAAGAGGUCACUAGGCAGUCUCCUCCUAUAUACGGUCGUAUGAAACACUCCAAGCCCAGCAGAUUGUCAGCGAGAUCUGUCCGUCCUCCAAGUCGAAAUCUAAAGACGCCUACAAAGUCUUCUAAUGAUAGAAGUAAAAGCAGAAUUAGAGGGAAGGUUCUCAAAGGGAAGAGUGUGAAGAGGAAGGAGUCCACUGCUUCAUCGUCAAGGAAAGAUAAUCACAGUUUUUCUGAAGGGAAAGAAGAAGUAGAUUUAACGCUGGGAGAUAAGAAUUCAUUGCCUCCUCCAGGUAGCUUGGGGGAAAUGCUUCUAAGAAAAACCAAAAAAGGGAAGCUGAAAGUUACCAACAAAUCAGGGUUACCCACCUCAAGAGACAAUGCCACCAAAGGCAGUACAGGAUCAUUGGCAGGGAAGUCUGAAUCUGUUGAUCAUCCAAUCAUUAAUGUUGAUGAUGAUGAUGAUGAUGAUGAAGGAGAAACUAGUAAAGUACUGAAGGAUAUGAUAACAGUGGGUUUAGAUGAUGAAGAUGAAGACGAGUUGCAGCUUAGGUGGAUUGCCCUGAAAUCAUCGUUGAAAAUCCUGAGUGAUGUUCGUAAAGAAAGUCACGUAGCUUCUCAGAUAGCCAGUCUUGAGGCUAAAGAUAGUGAUACAUUUAAUAGUUGUACUGUAUCUGAUUCCGAAUGUCCAAUAGUUAUUGGCAAACCAUGCUCUCCCACUUCCCUAGAAGGGACUCUGCUUGAUUGUAUUUUCAAGCGAGAUGCAGCAGGAGAAUUUGUGGAAUGGAAAGAAAACCAAAGAGGAACCAGUCCAAAGGAGAAUGCAGCAAGUAAAACAGUGCAAGAUCCCAAAGAUCUUUCUGACAGUAACCAAGAUAUAAUUGAUAUGGAGAUUUGUGAUAGCUCUCCAGAAGAGGACAACUUUGAGGAUGUUGAUGAUGUCCUGAAAGAAGUAGGGGAGGAUAUUGCCUUGGACGAUGACAUCUUAAGUGGACGCACAGAGGAAAAUGCAAACAGAGAAGGACAGCAGCAUAAUUUUCAGAUUCCUGUGGAGUGGGCGUAUAUGAUGCCUCCUCCUCCGCCCCCGGAUCAACCUGAUAAUGACAUUAACAAUAUAAACAGUUGGUGCUAUGACCAAAAUAUGUAUCUUCAAUCCAUGCAGUCUACCCCAUGCAACUCUUCAGAGCAGGUGGCUAUGUAUGAUGGCAUGCACCAGGGAAAUGUCAGCUGGAGGCAGAAUAUGCAGCACGAGUCUAAUGUAGGAGGGUCAUAUGAUUGUUUAGAUGACCAAGCAAAGGAUCAUGAAGGGGAGGUGACAUCUGUGUUUUGCCCUGAUGCAAACACAGAAAUUGAAUCAGAUUUAACAAGUAACCUUUUAAAUCUUCCAAAAUUAUCUGGUGGUGCAGAAAAUUUAAAAAGUGGUAAUGAAGAAGCUGAUUUGGAUUGUUUUAGUCAGGAGUCAUCGUUGAAAGACCAAGCUGCCCAUAAAUAUCAAGCUUUUAUGAAUGCCGUACUUCAGAAUCACACUUCACAAGGGCAGAUUUCCUCUGCAAAUCGAGAGAGGAAUUUAUUAGAAGUUAAUCUUCUCAAGUCGCCCUCGAAGAAGUUAGUCAACCAGGGUAAUAACACCGAAAAGAAUUCACAAAGUAUUAAAAUCACAAAUAAUGGGAGAACAUUAAUAAAAGUAAAUACAGAUAGUAAGUUGAAUAUGCUUCUUGCUGAUCAAGGUAAAGUUAGUCGAACUGCUGCUAAAAAAAGAAGAAAGAAGAGGUGGAAGAAAUUGGCAAAGCAAAAACAGAAAGCAGCAAAGGAAAAGCUGCUUAUAGGCCAAAUCAAGGCCACGCUUGGUGAUGAUAUUCAAGAUGAAUUUAACAUAAAAUCAAAUUCUUCACAUCCUGAGGAGGAAGAUGAGGAUCUUUUACGAGCUCAGCUUCUCAUUGAUCUCUCCAAGAAAAAAAUGCAGAAGGAAGAGAGAAUCAAGAAUGCUAAACUUGGGGCUGUUUCUACAUCCAGAGCAGAACAUAUACCUAUGAAGAAUACUACUCCUCUUUUGGAAAGCAUUGGGAAGAAAUUAGACCAGUAUGAAAACUCCUCCCCAUGCAGCUUUCCUUCCUCUGCUGAAUCUUCUCCAAAAAUCAGACCCAUCUCAGGAUAUGUGUUAUCUCGAAGGAGCACAUUACAGCGUACUACUGUUGUCAAAGAGGGAAGCCCUACGCACACACUCAAGUUAGAUUCUCGUCACCUCUCUGACAUUGGUGGAUAUGGUUUGGAUCCAAAGCACAGUCGUUAUGAUUUUACUGUGCCGUAUGAUUUGAAUUUAAGAAAAGAUAUUCCCAAAAUCAAGUUUCCUCCCAUCAAACCAGUCAUCAUCAAUGUGGGAGAGACUUCAUCUGAAGAUGAUGAGGAAGAGGAGGAGCCGGAAGCAAAAGCAGGAUGCAGCAAGGCUAAUGAUUCUCCAGGUACAAGCAGUAUUGGGGUUGUUAAUAAAGAGGCUUCCUUCAGUUCUAACCUGGACUCUCUUCUGAAAUGCAUGAGGGCGAAGACAUCAGGGGAUACAUCAAGGAGCAAAUCAAGACAAGAGGUUGUGGCCAGCAGUUCAUCCAGUUCAUCAGGACCAACUUCAACUCCUGCUGCUGUGCGCCACUUGAGUCGAACGAAACAGGAGGAGUACCAUAGGCUAAAGAAACAGUUAUUAGAGAAAGAAAGGUUACAGCUUGAACGACAGCAGCAAUUGAAGAAGGCAACAAGUAGUAAAAAGUUGAAGGAAGAUGAAGUUGCUGCAGAUAGUCAUAUUAAUAGCAGUCAGCUCAGCUUACCUAGUCAGUUGCAAGACAGUUAUGUUGUUGGUGAGAGAAGCCCAAGCAUUCCUGAGACUUCAAAAAAUGCCACCAAUGACUCUCCAGCCAAAGAAAGGAUAGUCAGCUUGCAACAGAAGGGUGUAAUUCAAGUCCAGCUUCCAAAUACUACAGUAGAUUCUAAUGAAAAAUCAACUGCAGUUUCAGGGGAAGAACUCAACCAUUCUGUCAGCAACAGAUCUACACAUGUUAGUGAAGAUGAAGAUGAUGAGGAAGCGUUAAGGUUGAUGGUGUUGAAAAGCAUUUCAAAAAAGCAACCUCAGAAGACAAAUGUUGAAAAGCCAGAGAAGGAAUGUCAUGAUAAAGCUGAAUCUGAGGAUUCUCAAGGUAAUGAAAGUAAGGGGUCAGUUGAGGAUAAUGGUAAUGGAGAAUCCAAAAGUGGAACUGAACUGGUAAAUACAAGAAAGCGAUCUUUGGAAACUAAUCCUUCCUCUACCCGUACAGUUAAAAAUUUGAAGACACAAGAGACACUUCCUUCUAAAAGUGAUGCUCCUUUAGAUGGAAUUGAGAAAGGUAGUGAUAAGGAGUUUGGUGAAAACAAAGUUGUUUGUAAGGAACCAGUCAUUCAAGGAAAUGUGCCUGAGGCUUUAAAACAUGGAAGUAUUGCCACAGGAACUUCAUUUAUAAUUAAGGCUGGCUCACCCAAAGUAAAUGGUCCAGAAACUGAUAAACAAGGGCCUUUGUUUGUGAAAUCCAACAAAAAGACUGUGCUAAGUACAAAGAAAACUAUUGAUCUAGAAAAGCAAAAGUUGAUGUGGAAUAACCUUAAGAAGGAAUAUGUAAGGAAAAGGAUUCAUACAAAUGAGGUCAUACUGCAGCUGACAUCAUUAGUGCAGCAAGCAGCUGAAGAAGAGGAAAAAAGGAAGUCCACAAAAGAUAGAAUUGUCAAGCUUCGGUCUCAACUCACAGCAAUGGAAGCACAGUUUGAGGCACAGUCAAGGAAUCUAAGGAAUAAGAUGGAGAAAAUUAGGAAGCUUCAGUAUCAGAUGACCGAAGACUGCAAGGAUAUCAAAAUGUUGGAGGUCAAGGGGGAAGCACUUGGAAAGGAGGUAAAAGGCAUUGAUGGCUCGCUACCAAGAAUUUUUGAUUUUUCCAAAAGCAAGCAGACAUUAGCAAAUAGUUUGAGUGCACUGAGGCAACAGAUGCGUGAUGUGUGCAACAAAAGCAAAGCUAAGCUGCAAGCAGCCACGGCAACAUCAUCAAAACUACAGGGGAAAGGAAAAGGUGCUGCAGGUGUAACGGGUAUUCCUAUAGGUAAACAUAAAACUACCAUUCAAACCUUUUUGCAGGAUGUAAGCUCUUCUCAGGCCUCCCCUAAGCUUUCUGCCUCACCAGUUAAUGCGGUGAAACGUAAGGCGACCUCAAAUGUUGGACCAGGUCAGAAGAAGUUAAAAAACAAAGAAGGAAUGGAUCCUAAACAACCACAACCACCUCAUGUAGAAGUUAUGAGCAAGAUGGACAGAGGAGAGAGGAUUUUGGGAACUAAGGAAGCAGACGAUAGAUCCUCUGUUAUUGCAGGGAGAAAGAAGCUUGAUGAAAUGAAUGAGCUGUGUCCAUAUGAUUUGCUAGGUCGAUGUAAUGACGACUCUUGCGUCUACCAACACCUUGGUCAGCCACAAGUAGAAAGACUUCCCUGUGUGGAAUUGCCCUCCAGGUCAAAAUUGGUAAAAACUGUUCAGAGCAUUGGAGGUGACAAGGAAAUUUCUAAACAAAACAUAUCAAAAAAAGAUAACUCGCCUUUAGAUGACAGUUUUCAACAGAACCCUACAAGUAAUAAGCUUAAAAGUGAUUGUCCAAUACCUGAAACUAGUCAGUCUGUUGACAGUGCCUCUUUGGUUGGUGUUGUAAUUGAAAUGCCAUGUCCCCAGAAGAUACUGAAGAGAGAGAGAAAUAGUACCAAUUUUAAUGGAGGAGAAGAGAGAGAAACUUCCAAUUUUGAUGAAGGAAGAGAGAAAAAUGCUGUCACUUUCGAUGAAGCAAAAGCUAUGCAUCCUAAUAAUGCUGAAGAUCCUGAUGUUAAGGCAGAAAGCUCAUCAAGCAUAGAUGGCAAAAGGUGUAUGAUAAGUUAUGAGGCCUCAGGUAGAACUUUUCAGAGCCAACAGCAAAUUUCUGGUCUUGAUGAUCAGCUCAAUAUAAACUCAGAUUUAAAGGAUGAUAGCCUUAUGGCAGCAAAUUUGCUUCAGAAGUCAGGCUCAUCUGUGCCAAGUUGUAAAGUUUUUGAAGAUAGUGACCUUAAUGACAUAUCUUGUAAUGCUGCCAGUAACAUGGAGAGUGGCUAUGUGGCCUUUGAUGAAGAAGUUAUUUGUAAAAUACAGUGUGGCUCAGUUUUGUCAAAUGAUUGUGAUAAUCCUACCACAGUCACUGAUUCUUUGUACUCAGGGAAGAUGUUGAGUGGAGAUGGUUUUUCUCUUGACCCUCUUGAUUGUAAUAACACCAAAGCCACUGAAGUCUUUCAAAGAAAUAAGCCUGAAUUAGGGGAGGAGAAGAAUUUAUGCGAUGUAUCCCAUUCUUCAGUGAAUGAAGAAAACAGUUCAGACAUUGGUAGAUCUGUCGAGAAUUUAAAUUGCGAUGAAGUAAGUGUAAGGGACCCACUACCCAGUAGACUUGAAGAAGGCUGCGGAGUUGAGGAUUCUAAUAGCAUGUCUGAAGAUAGUACAGUCAUCUUUCCUGGUGUUGAAUUAAAAAUUGCUGAAGAUAAAAAAUUAGACCAGGAAAGUGAAAUAAAUGAGUCUGUUGUAGAAACUUUACAAGUUGAAGAAGAGGGCAAACUGCCUCAGAGGACAGAGAACACUAACAAAGUUGUCAGUGAUGAUAAGGGGCUUGAAAGAAUUUUAGAUGAUAAUACUAAAGUUAAUGGAGGUGAAGUGCUCAUGACUAGUGAAAAUAAAAGUGAGCUUGGAGAAGGUAGAAGUGCACUUAUUGGUGACAUGGGUGAGGAAACUGAAUUAGUUGUAGUACAUGAUAAGAUAUGUAGAACGAGAGAUGAUCAUGGCUGUGCAUCUAAUGUUGAAAAUCAUUGCCCUGAAGUCAUAGUUGCAAAUUGCAUGGAAACUGACAAAUCUCAUUGUAAUGACAUGGACCAACAUACACCAGCAGUGAUUUGUAAUGGAAAUAAAGAUGACAUACAGGAUUCCAAAGCUGAUCUUCCUUUGGGAGAUGAGAAGGCGCUUAAUUCUGAAGUCAGACUAACUCGGAACAGUAGAGGUAGACAGACUUGCAGAAGGCAACGGAGACCUUGUACAUCGAAUAGUGUUUGCAGGCGAGGCAGGUCAAGGAACUCUUCAAGUAGCAGUAGUGCAGCAGGUGGUGGCAUUUCAACUAAGGGUAAGGCAAGAGGAGGUAAAAAACAGGUUUCUGCCAGAACCAGAAAAGCUCGUGGUCGUGCACCAGGCAUGAGGAGAGGAUCCAGAUAGUGUUUGUAGUAUAUUUGUUGAUAAGGGCAUAAUACUCUGGAUAGGUCUUUUAAGGACGAGAAUACCCUACCAAGUGUUGCCUCAUACUUGGAUUACUUAUUUUUUUUAAUGAGGUUUCUCAUCAGGUAAAAAAUUUAAUUAUUAUUUUUGGUACUUUAACCCAACAUUGUCUUGUAUAUCAUGAUUAAAGGGUUCAGUGCCAUCUGCACUUAGUUGUUGUAAGUUUGGAUGAAUUUUUUUUUAAUUUUUUUUAAUUCCAAGGGUAGUUGUUAUUUCAAAUACAUAGGGAGAUUGGUACGUAAAGAGUAUCGUGCACACAUAAGUCUCUCUAUGAUUGCCUGUGAAGAUGGGUCAAAACACAAUUUCAGGUUUCCUCUCUUGGUCUCUUAUACCUUGAACUAACUGGCUGUCAUUUUGUUUCUUAUAAUUUGCUUUUUGUUCCAUGUGCUGUUUGCCAUAGGUAGUUACACAUCAGUCUCCUCUUUAUUAUUUCUUUGACUAGAUUUCACUUUAAUUUUUUUAUGGAAAGAUGGAUGAUACAUACCAUUAGGUUUUCAUGCCUUUGCGGUCAAGAUUAGAUGGCUGUGUAUAGGAAGUAAUUGAACCUGUUCUAAUUUAAUUUGCACAUAAAUAGAUUUCAGGUGGCCCUGCUUCAAGUCUACACUUUUCAGUAAUGUAAUAUUUUGCUGAAAAAUAUUUGAUUUUCAAAGUUAUUCUGUUGACAUCAUUGUAAUAAAACUUGUAAUUUUAUUUUAUUUUUUAUGUGCAAAGCAGAUCAUAUAUAUCAUAGUUGAAUUAGUGGCUUGUGCAAAGAAGUCAUUUAUUCCCCAGAAAUUUCAUGUCUUUUGAGGAAGGAGCUUACGGUAUUUUAAAAUUUUUUUAUAUUCUCAACUUGUGGUGUUCGUGCGGAACAGCAUAAAAUCUCUUUUAUUAUUUAUUUAUUUAUUUAUUUAUUUUUUUUAUUUUUUAGUAUAUACAGCAUGGCUUUAUAUUCUGUAAUAGUUUUGUUGAAUUUUUUUCUUUGUUUUCUAGUACUUUAUUCACUUUCCUGGUUAUAUCAUUCCCCUUUUUGAAAUUCAUGUAUCCCAUUUAGAAUCCGUUUGGUUACUAAUUAUUACUCUUCACUUGUAUAAUGGAAAGCAGUUUUCAUUGUAUUCCACGUAGUCUCCAUGUUGCCUGUUUUUGCUUUGUGUAGAUCUGUAUGUGCUAUUUGUAUCUGGAUAGUGAUUCAGGCUGGCCUGAGAGGAACAUUUUAUCAACUAAUUUUUUUCUAGCUAAUUGUUUAUCUAAGUUUGAUAGUAGUCUUGGUAAAAGACAUCACAUAAAGUGUUUAAAAAUAUGCCUGGGUUAACAACAGUGCUGAUAAUGUAACUUAAGUAAAGAAAUUGGGAAUGACAGCUGUAAUUUAUAUAUACUGUACAUAAAUGUAUAUAAGAAUAUGGAGAAGUACAAAUUUAAAUAAGAUAUGUUCUCUGUGAAUAUGCCAGCUUCUUAGCCUCUAAUCUUUACUGGUAUACAAUAAGUUCUUCAUCUUUUUCUAAAACAGCAUAAAUUUGUAAUAUUCUUUCAUGGUACAAUUUAUGAAAACAUUUUGCCACUGAAGAAUGAACUAGCUUAAUUUUUCAAGAUCUCAUUAAAUGCUUUUUGUCUUAUAUGAAUAGAAUAUUUUAUUUUCUAAGUUGAAAUUCAGUUGGCUUCUGUCACCCACCUGCUAAAUUUUUCAUAUAUCAAAAGAACUUGUAAUAUAUGCAAAAUUUAUGAAUUUCGUAUUGGUUGCUAACAUGAUCUUGCAUUUCAAAACAGAUUUGAAUUAUUAUAUGAUCAUAUUUAUUACCCCACUAAUGAUUUUUAUGAGUCUGGAGUUUCAGUUGGACCCGCAGAGCUUGCAGCCACCACCAAAGUCCUCGCUGCCAACCCCACAAGGGCAUUGAAAUGGCAUUGGCAGGUGGAGGUGGUCAGCUAAGGGAUUAUGGUUGGUGGUGCAGCUGGGUAAGCUGUAGUUGUCACUCACAACUAACAACCAUGUGAUUGGCUAUUUACACGAACCUUUUAAAAGACAUGAUCAUAGUACGCACUGUUGCUCAAGUGUUCAUGAUAUUCUGCAGCCUAUUUUGCUGUAUCUUUAGUUAAAAGUUGACUGUGGGUGAAAUAGAUCUCAGUGGUUUUGUGUACAUUAUACAAGUGAGAUGGGAUGUGGAUUAAUCAAGAUAGCCCUGUGUAUGUGUACUUGACAAAACCACACAAGUUUAUCUGGCUUUCUUUUACUCUCUCGCAUCUUUAAGCCACUUGAUAUACUGUAUAAUGUUUAUUUUACUAUUCCUGCACUGCAUGUGGAUUGAAUUACUGAUUUUAUGAGUGGCUGCUCUGCAGAACAGUUCUUUCGAGAGAGGUUAGAGUAAGCUUAAGUUCUUUGUUAAAAAGAGAUGAUUAUUUUUAUCUCUAUUGAGAUGCAGCUCUUGCUUUGUAUACAGUAAAUGGUAAACUGAAUUGUUUUGUGGAGAGGAGUGUGAAUGUAUUUGUUAGAGUGUGAGAGUGUGGAUGAAUGGAUGGAUGGUUGGCUGUAUUGUAUAUAUGGUUGAUGUAGACAAACUACUGUGCUUCUACCCACUAACGCCUUGUGACUGUCAGACUCCUCAUCACCAGUCUCGAGCCGUUGAGGAUCUGCCGUUCAUGUGGAGUUUCUUCAAUAAUAGGAUGUGGCAUUGGGGUUCCUCUUAAAUGGACAUUUCUUUGUUCAUCUGUGUCAAAUCUCCCUGCUGGUGCUGUAAGUACAGUCAAUGCACAAGUUUGUAUUUGUGCAUGAUUGGCUGUAAAUUUGUGCAUAUAAUGCACAUUCUCUUUAAAAAAAAUAAAAAUUAAAUGGA